UAGUUUUGGCGUUGAAAGGAUUUCUUGUGGAAGCGUUGAGAACAGUAGUACGGCUGUCAGAGAGAAGAGAGUGAGGUGGUGGCUUGAACUCUAUAUACAAAAAUUAGGUGUCGGAUUACUUCCAGACAUCUUAUCGGUGAUGUGGCAACAAUUCUACGAAGAAAUAAAACCAUUCAUGUAACAACAACAAACUUUAACCGCUGCAAAAAGUUGAAAUAUUCCAAUUGAUUCGUGUGACCUGCAAAUACAGAUCAAAACAUUAUUUGGAAUUUUUUGGACUUUCAGGACAAUUUGGAACCAAAAUGCUUGCGUUUUUGGCUGUCUUGCUACUGGCCACUUGUGGCAUUGAUAUAGGGUCAUCGUCCGAAUUAAAACAUGAUUUAUUGGCGUUGACUGUGGCGACUGAAGAAACCGAUGGAUUUAAAAGGUUUAUGCGUUCAGCCAAAAAAUAUGAUCUUAAUGUAAAGGUUCUAGGUUUAGGGAAGCAAUGGAGAGGUGGAGAUAUAGCAAAUUAUGCUGGUGGAGGUCAAAAGGUCAAUAUAUUACGAGAAGGUUUGGAGGAGUUUAAGGAUCGUGAUGAUCUAAUCGUAAUGUUUGUAGACAGUUAUGAUCUGGUAUUUUCUGGGGAAAAGUCAGAGAUUUUAGAAAAAUUUGCCAAGUUUGACGCCCGUGUUGUGUUUUCUGCGGAAGGAUCAUGUUGGCCGGAUGGAUCAUUGAGUGAAAAAUAUCCACAAGUGAAAGCAACAGAGAAAAGAUAUUUAAAUUCUGGAGGUUUUAUUGGUUAUGUGAAAGAUAUUUACGAGAUUGUGUCUUAUAAACCAAUUCAAGAUAAUGAUGAUGACCAACUGUAUUAUACUAAAAUAUACUUAGAUGAAUCUUUACGGCAAAAGUGGAGUAUUAAAUUAGAUACCAAGUCAGAAAUAUUCCAAAAUUUAAACGGUGCUUUAGGUGAAACAACUUUAAAAUUUAAAGGAAGUAAAAGUUACAUGUAUAAUUUUAAAACUGGUUCUUCUCCUGUCAUUAUUCAUGGUAACGGACCCAUUAAGUCUGAGUUUAAUCGUUUGACUAACUACCUGGUUGAUAGUUGGACCGUUAAUAGUGGUUGUCAAGCUUGUGAAGAAGAUACUAUUAGUCUAGAGGGUGUACGGGAAGAUGACUACCCGACAGUUUUUCUUGGUGUUUUUGUUGAAAGUCCAACAGCCUUUUUACGAGAAUUUUUUGAAGAUCUUGCAGCAUUGGAGUACCCUAAAUCAAAGAUAGACAUAUUUCUUCAUAAUUCUGAAUCACAUCACAGAAAAGUAGUAAAUAAAUUUUUGGAUACUUAUAAAGGAAGAUACAGAUCAGUAAGUUAUAUAACACCAUUUGAAGAUGUAGACGAAUCUAUGGCUAGAAACCGGGCUAUUGAUGAAUGUAUUAAGAAGAAUUGUCAGUAUUUUUUCUCGGUGGACUCAUCGGCUCAUUUAUCCAAUCCUAAAACACUGAUUGAUCUCAUUCAACAAAACAGAUCUAUUAUUUCUCCUAUGAUGACUCGAGAUGGUAGGUUGUGGUCAAAUUUCUGGGGUGCGUUGAAUAAAGAUGGCUUCUAUGCUAGAUCAGAAGAUUAUAUUGAUAUUGCAGAGAGACGAAAAAUUGGUGUAUGGGUUGUACCAUUUAUCAGCACUGUUUACCUGAUCCAUGGUUAUAGACUUCCAGCCUUACGUAAUUCUAAUACUUCUCCAGAUAUGGAUGCUGAUAUGGCCUUCGCUCAAUACAUCAGAAAUAAGGGUAUAUUUAUGCAUAUUACAAAUCGUCAAAUGUUUGGUCAUCUUGUAAAUAGUGAUAAUUACGAUAUAGAACAUGUUACAGAUGAAUUAUUUCAAAUCUUCGACAAUCCUACGGAUUGGGAGAAGAGGUAUAUACAUGAAGAUUAUCACAAACAGUUAUUACCAGAUUCCGAAGCAGCACAGCCAUGUCCUGAUGUAUACUGGUUUCCUGUAACAACUCCUGAAUUCUGUCAAAACUUUAUUGACGAGAUGGAAAACUUUGGACAAUGGUCAAAUGGUAAAAAUGCUGAUCCUCGUAUAGCUGGUGGAUAUGAGAAUGUACCAACAGUAGAUAUACAUAUGAAACAAGUAGGCUAUGAAAGACAUUGGUUGUGGUUCUUAAAGAAAUAUGUUUCACCUUUACAAGAAAAAGUAUUUUUAGGAUAUAUACAUGAUCCACCACACGCCAUAAUGAAUUUUAUAGUAAGAUAUAAACCGGAUGAACAACCAUUGUUACGACCACAUCAUGAUUCCUCCACAUAUACUAUAAACUUGGCUUUAAAUACUCCUGGAGUUGACUUUGAGGGUGGUGGUUGUAAUUUCCUGCGCUACAAUUGUAGUGUAACCGCAUCACGUAAAGGAUGGUUGCUGAUGCAUCCUGGGAGAUUAACACAUUAUCAUGAAGGUUUACGAACAACAAAAGGAACACGAUAUAUUAUGAUCUCUUUUAUUGAUCCGUAAACAUUUUAUAAUAAAAAUCUAAAUCCGUGAGAACUUCCAUAUUUGGAGAGGAAAAAAAAUCAUUUUGGAUAAGGUGAACAUCUGAUAUAAUCUCAUUGAUCAUUUUGAGACCUGUAAAGUAUUUUACAAGUUAUUUUUAUAUUACAAUGAAAUCUAUGUAUAAUCACACCGAGGGCUGUAAUAUUCUACCAUUCUAGGACAUCGUCCGCAAAGCGAAUUUCAUCACUACAAAUAUUUUAAAGCAGUGUGCGUUACAAUCUCUGCCAUGCUGUGAUCAACACAAGAUAAUACCAAAGUAGAACGAUUAUUUUAUUCUAUUAACUAAUCCAAAAACAACGAUCAAGAAAUCCAAUUUAUAAUGUCUGCUUCUGUUGAUUGUCUGUUGCUUGCAGCAUGGCUGUUGCUGGUGGCAUGGCCGUUGCUUGUGGCAUGGCAUUGAAUAAUUAUUGACUCUAUCUGUUUUUCAUUUUUAAAAUUUAUAGCAAGGUUUUUCUAGAUGUUUUUUUUCUUGGUGAAAUUGUUUUUGUAUGAAUUCUAUGUAAAAUGUUAUGUUAAUAUGGUUAAAGAGCAUCAUGAUGUUUCAUGAGGGCUGGAAUAUUUUUAUUUAAAGCUGCUGAUCAAGGUUCGAAUUGUGCUGAAAUUUAUUUUGUGACAGUUUCUAUUCAUCAUAUAUUUGAAGAUACUGAAUUCAAUUUAACCAUUUGUGGCCUGAUUUAACAUUCACUUAUUAUAUUGAGUCUCAGUUCGUCAUAUCUUUGAAGCAGUGUUCCUAUUUCAAAAUUUUUCUUGUCAGACAUUUUUACCAAAAAUAAAGGGACAUAACUCUUAUAGUUAUUUAAGCAGACGGAUUCAGACCACUAUUAAAAAUCAUGUAUCAACAAAAUAUUCAAAUCUGUACUAAUGAAAUUAGGUGUACAUUAGUAUUUUCCAUAAGGGAUGAGUAGUAGUUAUACACUCAGUACAGUCAAUUAAUUUUGGAAUUUUGAAUAUUAUUCACCAUAUCUUGAUGUCCGAUUAGGCAUAUUCCUGGUCAGACAUAGUACAUAUCUGGGAUAUACAGGCAAAAUAGCAUCAAUACUUUGAAGAUACUGAAUGAAAUUUAACUGUUUGUCGACUAAUAUCACUUUUAGAGAUGUAACUUUCACAAUAUUGUAAUUUGCAAGCGAUUCCAAAUCCUUCAAAAGACAAUCAGUGGCUUUAAAACAUAUAUAGCUUACUAAUUGAAUUGUUUUUCAUGGCAUUUAGUAAUUGAACUGGAAUAUAAUGUCACAAUUCUAUUACUCAGUAAUAAGCAGUAAUUGUAUUCCAUAGAACAGUGACCAGUAUAUGCUUAUUAAUUAGUUAAUACUAUAUGGAUUUAGAUUUGUUGUUGAAUCCAGCGUUAAUGUAAUUUGCUUCUGUAUAUCGUAAAUAAAUUAAUGUAAACCAUAUGGGCUAUGGUGAAUUAAGAUAUAUUGUUACGCUUUAAAAUAUAAUCUUUAGCUUUAAAGUUGGUAUAUUGAAUCUCCAUUUUAUUUUAUUUUACACAUUGAGAUUAUUUUUAUCAUUUAUUAAAAUGUCACAAAUAUUAUUUGUAAAUGUCUUUAAGAUACAGAUGUGACUUCAUCCUCUGAUGUUGACCGGUACCCUUAUUUUAAAAAAUGGUACGGGCAACGUGCCCAGCAUCUAUUAUAUAUACAAGAUGGCAGAAAUAGUGGUCUUGUGGGAUGAUUUCAUAGAAAUGCGUAUUCAAGCUAGUUUAACUGUAUUUUAAGUUGUUUAAAGGUCUCGAGCGAGACAUUAAGUAAUGUGUUGAUACAGCACUCGAGUUGACGCCCUCGUGCUGUAUCAAUAUAAUACUUAAGGUUUCUCUCUCAACUUAGUUCAAUGUAAAUAAUUGUAUGUAGAUGUAAGGAUGAUCAUGUAUAAUGCUGUGGAUGAGAUAUCAGAAUUCCAACUCACCAAAAAUAUUAACAUGUUUAAUGGAUGGGAUAUCUGAAUUCCAACUCACCAAAAAUAUUAACAUGUUUAAUGGAUGGGAUAUCAGAAUUCCAACUCACCAAAAAUAUUAACAUGUUUAAUGGAUGGGAUAUCAGAAUUCCAACUCACCAAAAAUAUUAACAUGUUUAAUGGAUGGGAUAUCUGAAUUCCAACUCACCAACUCUGAUUUCUGAAUGGCCCAAAAUACUUUCUCAACAUUAUGAAAUUUCAUUUUAUAGGCACAUACCUGUAAAAUAACAUGUUUAGUCUAUAAAAACCUCGUGGUCACGGAUCUGGGGUUGUGACCCGACUAAUAAGUGUGUUUAUUCACUAUGGUCAAAUUGAGAACAUUUACCUGUACAUUUACAUAUAGGGUUAGAUGGUUAGUCGAAUAAAAAUAGUAAGUGUGCUUUUCACUUUGGCCUGUCUACGAUAUCACCCUUGGUGGUAGUGGACGUAAAACUCCAAGAACGAAUGAAUAUUCACUUGGGUACAAUUAAGAACAUUUAAAUAUUGGAAUCUCUCUCUUUUACGUCUUCAUACACUACAUAUUUUGUUUGUUUUGUCAACGACUUUUUAAGCGACAACCUGAAUGUAUAAUAUAAUGAACAAAAAGAGUAGAACAAAACCCAUAUUCAAGUCUCUGUGCAUUUGUUGUCUAUUUUAUUACUAUCAGUAUUAUAAGAAAUAGAUAUCCAAGUAUGUUGGAUCAGUUUUCUGUAGAACUUAACGCAGCUAAACCUCUUUGAUUUAGUUCAAAUUAAAGCGUUGAAUUUGGUUAAUUUGAUGUGUUAUUAUGUUAAAAUGUAUGGUAUAUGUAUAACUCAAUAUUGAAUACCUAUAAUAUUAUGUGAAAAAAAUCCAUGGUAUAUGUAUAACUCAAUAUUGAAUACCUAUAAUAUAAUGUGAAAAAAAUCCAUCACACAUCAAAAUAUGUAUUUAUUUUCUUGAUGUUGUCUUCGUUACACUGAGAAUCAUCCAGUAACAUAAAAUAUUUUAUAAUUAAAGGAAAUACCAAUUGUACAUAUAUAAAUCUCGGCCCAGCGGCUUUAAAUGAAUAUUUACUAAUAAAGCGAUAAAUAUAUCGAUACCGUCCACAAACUGUGAUUGUGAAUAAUUGAAUAUAUACUUGCACUAAUUAGGUAUUUUAUUUAAUUUUUUUUUUUAAGUUAAAAAAAAAGAAAAAGGUUGAAUAAUUUAGUCAGUAAAUAUCUGAAAUAGGUUCAGUUGGCCAAUUUUGAACUUCUUUCCCCUAUUGAGCUUUAAUUCAAUUUAAAUGUUAAAAAAGGAAAAGAAUUGGUUUAAUUUCAAGAUAAUUUGGUAAAUCGAAUUAUCAUCACAGUUAUAACCACUGUAAGUUUAUGUCAAUGUGUGCAUUUAAGAAUUUUUUAUGCAUCCUCCAAAAUCUGUUUUUUUUUAAAAAAUAGGUAAUGGCCAUUAUGUCGGAGGAUACAGUAUCCCAUUUAAACAUUUGGUAUCUUGUUUACAUAUUCCCCAGUUAAUUUCUAGUCAUAUGAACUGUGCAAAUUUAUGUCAUUAUCAGAUAUUACUGUAGAUUAAGACAAUGCAGAUCAUCGUAAAUAGAUUAUCAAUCUUUAUUUGGACUUUUGGUCACUCCUCUUAACUGGACUCUGGGUCAGUCCUCUUAUUUGGACUCUGGGUCAGUCCUAUUUAUUGGAAUCUGGGUCAGUCCUAUUUAUUGGAAUCUGGGUCAGUCCUCUUGAUAUGAUACUCGGUUGUCUUUAUUGGUCAACUUAACGAUACAAUUUUAGUUGGUUUGAAAAUCACAUUUAGCCAUGAAAAUAAAAUAAACAUCGCCAUUGAAUGUAAUUAAAGAACUUGUUUAAAAAAACAUUUUAAAAUCUUUUACAAAAGGAGUCCAUUUUCUUUGAAAUACCCAAGAUGAAGUGAUUUAGUUACAUUUUUAUUUGUAAAAUGAAUCAGGGAUAUUAAAAGCAAUAAGGAAAGAUUUCGAAUGGUACCUUUUACAAAGAUUUCUUUAAUUUCAAAUGUUUUGUAUUUAAGAGUGUGUGAGAAGUUAUUUUUGUAAAUAAUAUAUAAAUAACACUCUCUCUUAUUGGCUGAUUUAGGGUUUUUAGAUCGCUUGUCUUUCCAAGUAAUAAUAGACUCUUAACAGAGCUGUGCUUGUCUUCCAUAUUGGUAUCAUGUAUAGUAUUAUUAUAACGAAUAAAACAUUAUAUUCAUUUAAAA